AUGGUGAAGGAAAUGCCACUUGAUAUUGGACUGCGCGUUGAUGUACUUGACGACGAGGGCAUUUGGAAUACGGGAAUGAUUGUAGAUGUAGGGAAAGAAGCGGAUGAAGAUGAAGACAAGGUGGAGAUUAAGUAUGAUGGAUGGGGCGAUGAAUACAAUCAAUGGAUUGGCAUUGCGACACAGCGUUUAGCUCCACUUCAUACGUAUACGAUCGUGAAAAAGUGUUGGGCAAAGCUCACGAAAUGGCCCUGGUGGCCAGCAUUUGUGGUUUUACGUGCACCCACUUCAGCGCAAGCGGCUCAUGGGCUUGAAGAAGAGACAAAGCUAUACGUUGAAUUCUACGACUCGUUUAACGAAGACAAACGCUCGCGGUGCUGGAUGCAAAAGAAGAACGUGGUGGCAUUUCGUGAUAAUUUUGACGAGCGUGCGUCUCGAAAUAUUAGCAAGAGCUUUGCUAAAUUUGUUGAGGGCACACAGCGUGCUAAAGCUGGCACAUCGCCAUUGCUCUUCUCAGGUCCUGGGACGCUUCCGAUUGAAUAUUCAAGCAAGAUGGCAGAAUCUUUAGAAGAAAAAAAGAAAGAAUGCACGGCAGAGCAGUGGUUUCAUCUUUAUAAAGAUUUUAGCAACCGCUAUCAGGAUCUUUAUGGAUAUUCAAUGGCCCCAUCGCAUACGUCUCCGUCUCCUGACUACCAGUCAGGAAAGAAAGCACGUGGUCGCCCUAAAAAAGUCGCGAAAACCGUGCAAUUGGAAAAUGAAAACAAAGAGAAGGAAGUUACACCAGACAAGAAAGAAGUUAAACCAGAGAAGAAAGAAGUUACACCAGAGAAGAAAGAAGUUACACCAGAGAAGGAAAGCGGCGAUAACGAGGACAAAGUUGUAGCUCCGGAACGACGGACAACUCGCAGCGCCAAGCGAGAUGCAGCUCCUGUAGCCGUGUCUGUUCGCAACACUCGACCUCGACGCUACGGAUGGCUGGUAAUUGAGGUAUUAACCGAUGCAAGCUCUUCCAUGCUUUCUUCUUCUCUUUCCCCCUCGAGUUCCAGAUCUUCUCACAUUGCUCAGGAUAGCAACACGGAAUGUCUUGUUAAAUCGGAGGCGAUCCCAGUACCUGUGCCUUUGCUCAAAACUGAUGUGACGGAGCAGUACAACGACGAAUGUAAUCGUUCUGACUGUAAAUCUCGACGCAAAGUCCCUCCUGUCAAGUUGUUGGAGCGUAUCAAGAAUACACAACUUCUCAACACGUCUAAGGUAAUUGUAGACGAAAAAGAUGUUGAUUUCUAUCGAUACUGGUCGGGUGGAUCUCGCUUUGAAGUGGAGAACAAACCAUGGAGCAUUUUAGGAUGGAUUACGAAAGGCUUUGAAAACAAAUUGCAAAGGAAGUGA